UCUGUUGAGAAAAACUUGAAAAGGAAUAGUUCAAGACGAGAAAUUUGGGAUUUUACCUGAUUUCGGGGUGAAACAGUCUUCUUACAGAGCCGUGCGUAUUUAUGCACUUGGAGAAUCCUUCCGGAACCGAGACAUAUAGCAACAUUUUACCAAGAAUGACAGAAGAGAACAAGUCUAUGACAGACCAUCCGCGCAGUCCAGCAGGCAGCGACAGUUCCGUGUCCCAGCAUGGAUCGGAUUCAGAGUCCCCGGCCUCUCCAGCGGGCUCCGACGCACAGGAGGCGGCAGCGCGCCCGCCAGGGAUUACGCACAAACAGGAGGGCAGCGAGGAGGCUGAGCGCUUCCCCGCUUGCAUCCGCGAAGCGGUGUCUCAAGUGCUGAAAGGUUAUGACUGGUCGCUGGUACCGAUGCCCUCUCAGGGGGAGAGAGGCCUUAAGAGCAAACCUCACGUGAAGCGGCCGAUGAACGCGUUCAUGGUUUGGGCGCAGGCAGCGCGGAGAAAGCUGGCGGACCAGUAUCCUCAUCUGCACAACGCUGAGCUCAGCAAGACGCUGGGCAAACUGUGGCGACUCCUCUCUGAAACAGAGAAGCGUCCCUUCGUCGAAGAGGCCGAGAGGUUGAGGAUGCAGCACAAGAAGGACUAUCCAGACUACAAGUACCAGCCUCGGAGACGCAAGAGCGCCAAACCGGGACAGGAUGACUGUAGACCUGGACUGGUCCAGCAGCAGCAUCAGCAGGGCUUGUAUAAGUGUGAACCAGGGGUGGUGCGGCUGCCUGGCAACGGGGAAGUGCACCAUCAUUACCAUCUAGACAGAACAGGUCAGUCUCACGGACCUCCAACACCUCCGACUACCCCUAAAACUGACCUCCACAUGGGGAGCAAACAUGAGAGCCAGCGGCUUGUGGACAGCAGCACCGGUUCACUUCCUCCUACCAGCCGUCAGAACAUUGACUUCAGCAAUGUGGACAUCUCAGAGCUCAGCACUGACGUCAUCAGCACCAUUGACGGAUUCGACGUCCACGAGUUCGACCAGUACCUCCCUCCCAGCAGCCAUGGCUCCACUCUUCUUACUCCACCAGAUAGCAGCCACGGACACAACAACCCUCCUGGAUCCUUCGUCCUGCCCAGCAUCCACUCGCACCCCCACAACGUCCCUACGUGGACACCCAAAAACAUGACUGGAGUGCCACCAUCCUCCUCCAGUCGAGAUGGGUUCCACGAGGACACCAGCCAAAAACCUCAGAUUAAAACUGAGCAGAUGAGCCCACGUCACUCCUCGUCCACUCCUCCACUGCCACAACCUGAGUACACCUCCCUCAGUUCCUCCACUUCCUCCUCAUCCUCCGCCAACCAGUCUGACUACACUGACCUCCAAAGCUCCAGUUUCUACAGUGCCUUCUCCGGCUACCCUGCCAGUCUGUAUCAGUACCCGUACUUUCACUCCUCUCGCAGGCCUUACGCUACACCUCUUAUCAACAGCCUGGCUUUGGCACCUCCUCCACACAGUCCUCCCUCCAGCUGGGAGCAGCCGAUCUACACAACACUCAGCAGGCCUUGAAGAGGAGAAAAGUUUGGUCUUAUGGACAAAAAACUUAAACUCAGAUUGCCUCAGA